GUGCGCGCCCUCGCUCUCUGCCCCAGUAGCGCGGUGCAGCGGUAGCAGGAGCAGCGCGGGCGGCGGGGCCGGUAGUCGGCUGAGGCGGCCAUUACUAAAGCGAGAGCGCAGCGCACCGAGUUCCCCCCCCCCCUUCCCCAAGGGCGCACACGAGAUGCCCUCGGCUACCAACAGCACCAUGGCGAACAGCAGCGGCAAAGCGGGCCCAGGCGGAGAGGCUGCCCCGGCGGCAGCGGCGGCCGCCCCGCAGGCAUCGGCCGGCAGCAUCACCUCGGUGCAAACCGAGGCCAUGAAGCAGAUCCUGGGAGUGAUCGACAAAAAGCUGCGCAACCUGGAGAAGAAAAAGAGCAAACUUGAUGAUUACCAAGAACGAAUGAACAAGGGAGAACGUCUGAAUCAAGAUCAACUGGAUGCGGUGUCAAAAUACCAGGAAGUGACAAAUAAUCUGGAAUUUGCUAAAGAACUGCAGAGGAGUUUUAUGGCUCUGAGCCAAGAUAUCCAGAAAACAAUAAAGAAGACAGCUCGCAGGGAGCAGCUGAUGCGAGAAGAAGCUGAGCAGAAGCGUUUAAAGACUGUACUAGAGCUCCAGUUCAUUUUGGACAAGUUGGGUGAUGAUGAAGUGCGCAACGACUUGAAACAAGGUUCAAAUGGGGUACCAGUGCUGACAGAGGAGGAACUGACCAUGCUGGAUGAGUUCUAUAAGCUAGUUUACCCUGAGCGAGACAUGAGCAUGAGGUUGAAUGAGCAGUAUGAGCAAGCAUCUGUUCACCUCUGGGACUUACUGGAAGGGAAGGAGAAACCAGUUUGUGGAACAACCUAUAAAGCUCUGAAGGAGAUUGUUGAACGUAUUCUUCAAACUAGUUACUUCGACAGCACCCAUAACCAUCAGAAUGGAUUGUGUGAGGAAGAAGAGGCAACCCCUGCACCUGCAGUAGAAGACGCUGUAGCAGAAGCUGAACCUGAUCCGGCGGAAGAAUUUACUGAACCAACUGAAGUGGAAUCAACUGAGUAUGUAAACAGACAAUUCAUGGCAGAGGCUCAGUUCAGCAGUAGUGAGAAGGAACAGGUAGAUGAGUGGACAGUUGAAACGGUUGAGGUUGUAAAUUCGCUGCAGCAACAGACACAAGCUACAUCUCCUCCAGUUCCUGAACCUCACACGCUCACUACUGUGGCUCAAGCAGAUCCUCUUGUUAGAAGACAGCGAGUACAGGACCUUAUGGCGCAGAUGCAGGGCCCGUAUAACUUCAUGCAGGACUCUAUGCUGGAGUUUGAGAACCAAACACUUGAUCCUGCUAUUGUGUCUGCACAGCCCAUGAAUCCAGCACAGAAUUUGGACAUGCCACAAAUGGUUUGCCCUCCAGUUCAUGCCGAGUCAAGACUUGCCCAGCCUAAUCAAGUUCCUGUGCAACCAGAAGCUACACAGGUGCCCUUGGUUUCUUCUACAAGUGAGGGAUAUACAGCCUCCCAACCCAUGUAUCAGCCUUCUCACACAACAGAGCAACGGCCACAGAAAGAAUCAAUUGACCAGAUUCAGGCUUCAAUGUCACUGAAUGCAGACCAGACCCCGUCAUCAUCAUCACUUCCCACUGCAUCCCAGCCACAGGUGUUCCAGGCUGGAUCUAGCAAGCCUUUGCAUAGCAGCGGAAUCAAUGUUAAUGCAGCUCCAUUCCAAUCCAUGCAAACAGUAUUCAACAUGAAUGCACCCGUUCCUCCUGUUAAUGAGCCAGAAACCCUUAAGCAGCAAAACCAGUACCAGGCCAGUUACAACCAGAGUUUCUCCAAUCAGCCUCACCAAGUAGAACAAUCAGAUCUUCAGCAAGAGCAACUCCAGACGGUGGUUGGUACUUACCAUGGUUCCCCGGACCAGACUCAUCAAGUGGCAGGUAACCACCAGCAACCUCCCCAACAGAACACUGGAUUUCCACGGAACAGUCAGCCUUAUUACAACAGUCGAGGAGUGUCUCGUGGUGGCUCACGUGGGGCUCGUGGCUUAAUGAACGGUUACAGGGGACCGGCAAAUGGAUUUAGAGGAGGAUAUGAUGGCUACCGUCCUUCCUUUUCCAACACUCCAAACAGUGGUUAUACGCAGCCCCAGUUUAAUGCUCCUCGGGAUUACUCAAACUACCAGCGGGAUGGGUAUCAGCAGAAUUUCAAACGUGGCUCUGGACAAAGUGGACCUCGGGGAGCUCCUAGAGGUCGUGGAGGGCCCCCAAGACCAAACAGAGGGAUGCCUCAAAUGAAUGCUCAGCAAGUGAAUUAAACGAAUUCACGGGAUUACAUUAAACGCCAAAAACACGCUGGCCAGUGUACUAUACAUGUUACCAGAAGAGUUAUUAUCUAUUUGUUCUCCCUUACAGGAAGUUUGUUGUAAAGGGACUAUUUUCAUUACCCAUAAUGACAGGACUACAGUUGCCAGCUUUAUAUUACCUGGAUAUUGAAAGGAACGAAACAACGUUUACUCUGCAUGUUCUGUCCUAAGCAUCAUCUUGAGCCUUGCACAUGAGAUUCAGAUUCCUCACCCUUGCUAAGAGUAAGCAAAAAAAAAAGGCAAUUUUCAGGGUGAUCCAAUCUCCAUGGUUAACUGAAGUGGAAGGAAAAAAGCAAAGACUCACUUCUGACAUUUGAAAGUGAUGUAACAAAUUUGUAUAAAAUCUGCAAAUUCAUAGAUUUACUGUGAUGGCAGUUGACAAAACGUAACGUUCCCAUGAAAGGAUGGAAAAGGUGAAGUGUGGCUUGACAGAGCAAGUGCAUUUCAGCUUUUUCAUACUCAGUUGAAGCACUGAACAGUUCAAAGGUGUGUGAUGAUGCAUAUUUCCCUAAACAGACAACUGGGCUUAUAGCCAGCUCUUGACAAAGAAGCAGCACCCUUAGCUGCAGCACUCCUCAUCACCAGGGCCCUGUUCACUGUGGCUAAGGAUUUAAGAUCGCUUGCAUAACUGCUAAUGUAAUUGUGUAAUUAUUUUUAAAAAGAAAAGAAAAUAUGGAAAAAAAGAAAAAAAGCUUUGAUUUGGCAUUUCCAAAAGAAUUUUGCAACAAAUGUGAGAGGAAACCUGGAUGGCCACUGUAUAUUUGAUGUGAAGUAUUUAGAUUCUCUCUUUGAAACACUUUUUAAGUUUCUUUGAUAGCAAUGACUUUUGUAAGGAUUGGUAUUCUCUAUCAUUCCUUAUGACUUGCACAUUGUCUGUCACUAAUACUUGACCUUGCUGUAUUAUCACCUAAAUAACUGAUGCCGGUACUGAUGGAAAUCUCUAAUGGAUAAUCAUAACACUUUUGGUCACAUGUCCUUUUGUCUUUCCUGCAGCCUUGAAGGUUUUAAGAAAUCUCAAAUGCCCGCUGCUGCUGCCCUUUUAAUUGCUAUCUUUUGAAAAGCACCAGUAUGUGUUUGAAUUGAUUUCCCCUUUUAAGGGAAAUGACAGCCAGCAGUUACAGUUCUAAUGGUAUAAGCAAGACAAAUAAAACAUGUUUAUAAAAAUUGUA